CUGAUAGCAAAUAAAUUGAAGAAUGAUUCGCGACGACUAACGUUGCUUUGCAUCACUUUCAUUGAGACGAACGAGAGUGAGAAAAUAAAAACGCGCUUAAAAUAAAAGUCACUCAUUACAACUCAUUAUUUUUAAUAGCUUAAAAUAAAAGCCACUCAUUACAAGCCAUUAUUUUUAAUAGCUAUGCUUGAUAUGCGUGUUUGUACUUGUUCAGAUAUGGAAUAUGUUAAACAGGCAAGUUGAAUAUUUUACAUAAAAUGAACCACAUGUGCGAAGCUGAUAAAUAACGUGUUAAAAAGUCAAAUAAAUAGUCUCUAUGCACACACGUGAAAAAAUACAUACUACGUUCAAAUAAACGUUACUUGUUUCAAGUAUCUUAUAAAUUUAUGUCUGCAAAUGCAUCAAAAGUUUUCUCAUCACAUUAAAUUUAUUCAAGAUAUAUUCCGAACUCUAGUAAGUUUAGCACUUCAAUCAAGAAUAUCAAAUUAAAAAAAAAAGUUUGAUUUGCUUACUAAACAGAGUUGAACCAACUUUUCCUACGAUAUUACAUCGAGUUUUAUAAUAUUCUUAUAAAGAAAAUACAUUUUUCUCUAUAAUACAUGAUAAUGAGCUUUUCUUCAAUUUGUGAUGAAUGCAUUUUAAGACUAUCAUCAAGAAGAUAUUUAUCGUUAAAAACAACCAUUACAAACUGAGAGUAAUCGCUUUUCGUAACAGUGAAAUGAUAUUUUUCUAUGUGCAAGCUUGUCACAGUCGAGAUGCAAAAAGUAAUACGAAGUGCGUACGUUUCGCUGAAUGGCUCGUAUGGAGGUUUAAGCUCACGUCGAAAGCUAACAUAUAUCGAUAUGAAUCCGUCCUCGGAUUUGCUCCUCGCUGCUCUCUCCCUCACCACAGGCACAGUGUGUUUUGGCCUUAAUAGUUUGCUCGACGGCGAGCAAGCAGGUGGACGCGCGCACGUUUGUGCGUCAGAGGAGCCGAGGAGAAUCAAGCGAGUAAGAUAGAGAGAGAGUUCGAAAGUAGGCCUCAGUCGUUCAGUCAGUUGUCGACUACAUGUCCGGACGAUUGGUCGGCGUAAUGAUCGCGCUAUUCUGUGUAUUGAUCGUUCUCGGCCUAGGUCACUGCGAUGAACUCCCAUCAAGAUACGAGGUCGAGAGCUCGAUCAACCGCACGGUCAGCGAGGUCGAAAGGCUGAUUCAACAGGACCCGAGCCUGCCGCGCCUCAACAGGCAUGAGAUCGUCGAUAUUUUAUUCAACAUCACGUCCAAGGACAUCGAGAUACACAAGAGUAAAGAGACUGUCGAGGAGGCGAGGAAGAUCUACCAGAAGGCGUUGAUGGUGGUCUUGCCUUACAACGCGCAAGACGCGAAAGAGAACAUCAAGGAGCUGUACACAAGACCCCCGAUAGUAAAGCUAGUGGCGGAUCCUUCCUUUAGUUCGCAGGACCUCGAGAAGUGGAAGAACGAGAUACUAUUACAGCCAUCGCCAUCCACAAUCACAACCACAACAACAACCAGGUCUACGUCUACGUUCCCUUCGACGUCCACAUUCUCUUCGACGUCUACAUCUACGUUCCCUUCGACGUCUACGUCGACGUCUACUACGCAAGAGACGCUGCGCGACAAGGAGCCUCUGGAGAAUCUCGUGGUGACGCACGCGGCGGAGAAAAGCACGCCAAAGGAGAGCUCGCACACGAAGACACGGUACAAGAAUCACAAGGAUACGUACUCGGAGGUGCAGACGAAGUUGCCGCUAAAGGAAACCCUCAAGUACGACUCGGCGCCGAUCAGGUUCAGCUUCAACUUGGAAAACCUGCAGAAGCAGUCGAUAGCUACGGAGAAACUGGCUACGACAACGAAGCGACCGGUAUUUCAGACGCCUCCCGCGAGCAAGAACGAAGACGUGUAUCUCGUGUACAGCACAAGCGCGACGACCGAGCGAACGACCGCGGAGACGCCUUUCCGGGGUGUCUCGAAGGAGUUCGAUCUAACAACGUCCAGUCCUCACAGCCAUCAGCAAAACAUCUUGUCCUUCGAUCAAUGGCAUUAUAACGCGCCGCCAAGCACUACUCAGAGAAUCGCGACAACAUCGAGAGCCGCGAUCGAAAGGAUCCGCGAGAAGCCGUUUCUACCGACCAUCAAAGUAUCAGAGGAGGAUACCGUGACGACGACAACGACGAGUAAAACCGAAGACGUCCCGUCGAGAAUAUCUUUCAAUAUGGCGCAAGCAGCAGAUACCGAGCGAUCAACAACUUCCAUCUACGUGACACCCGUGUCCUCCUCCGUUUCUUCCUCCUACCCUUCCACUUCAGAAACAUCCAAAUACACUUCCACGUACAAUAUUAACUCCGGCGGAUUCCGCAGGAUCACAACUACGACGAUGCGUCCGCAGGUGAUGGAUCUGCUCGCCUCGAUUGGACUUCGGCCGGAGAACACCAUGAACGUGGAGGAGGUGUUCGCGAAGAAUCAGAAGAAUCUGGGAACCAAGUUCCAAAUUCCCGGCACUAACGGCUUUCUCCAUACGAUGACGUCCGGUCUAACGGCCGGAGUGCCCGACUCGCCGUCGAUAGCCGCUCAGAACACCUUCUCGGAGAACCCGGUCUCGGAGAUCGGAUUGGGAAUGAACAACCUGACGCCCGAUGUGCAGGUGUUGUUUCAACGAUUCGGCCUGCACACGUCCAACCCGGCGACUACUACUACGACGACCACGCCGAAACCGACCGUGAACACCAACUCCUACACUAACUUCAAGCCUUUGCCAACGUCCAAUAUCAAGGACGAGGAAAUGAAAGAAUUCCUAGCCAGGUUCGGACUCGGUGUCAGCGAAAGCCGCCAGCGGAAGGCCAUGCCAGCGUCGACGGAACGGCCGUCGUUGAUCGAGGCUGUUCCGAACAACAUGAGAUCAAUCUUGGAGAACAUCGGUCUUAUUUCGCGUAGAACGCCAAAAACAACGACGCCGAGGAUGGAGACAUUAGAGCCGCCUAGGACGACUCAGUACGACCACGUAUUCAAGCCGCACGAGGUGCGACUGAAGGACGAGGGGCAGAAGAUGAAGAUCAAUGAGUUCUUGGACACGGUCAGGUUGGUUCAAGAGGGAAAAGCGAGUGUGAAGGAUGUACGAAAGGUAGCCAACGACUUGAUAGCGUCCACGAAGAGCCUGAAGGACGGUCCGGAUCCGCUGAGUCUCGAGGAGCUCGUGAAAAUCUACAACGAGGACGUGAAGAACGAGGUGAAGAGGCAACAAAGCCCGGAGGAACCCAGCGACAACGAUCAAGAGCGCGCGAAGACCUCGACAACGACGUCCGCCACUACCGAAUCUAUAGAUGUUCCCUCGACAACGACCCCGACGACCACGACAACUACCCCGACGACGACGACGUCCACGACGGUAACCCCCGAUUCCGCGAAGGACGCUUCGGACUUGGAGACGUUCACGCCGUCCCCGGAAUCGACGUCGGCGAGUGUGAAUCUCGCGGCGCUGGAGGAAUCCUUCGGCGGUACCACACGCGCACCCGAUCCCGUUUUACCGACCAAGCCAAGAAGCGGUCUGUACUUUCUGGUGGACUGGAACAGCUUUCUCGAAGUCGGCGAGGACAACAGCGAGAAGGUGGACCUGAAGUUCCAGCCGAAAGCUGGCGACAGGUCGAGGUUCUUGCCGGUCACCGUACCGUAAUUUUACGGGACUCUAUCGCUCCUAACGUCUUUCUGCCUCUCUCUCUCUCUCUCUCUCUCUCCCACGUUGUUUCUCGCGACUGAAUGUUGAUUUGAUACGCGGGCAUUAUUUCCAGACGGGACCUAAGGACGCCCGACAGGAUACUUAACACGUGUUUAUUUACUUUCUCUUUAUAUAGUUGUUCGACAUAACUCGAUAGUUUUCGAUGUUCUACAUUUCGAGUCGCUGAAAGAGAGAGGGAAAGAGUGAAGGACGAAAUCAAAUCUGUUCUCGUGUCCCGUUAGUAUGCGAGCGCGAAUUUUCACUUUUAUUUAAAUUAUUCUAGUUUAAAGAUGCGACUAUGUUCCGCUGAUAAUUCGAUUUCCCGGUUCUAACGUUGGACUUGUUCUCGCAAACGAAUUGGCUGAAACAUUGUAGGGAGAAUACACGUUAUGCCGCAAUUAUUAGAAAGUAUGGUAUCACUCGCGAUACACGCAGGAGCUUGUGCGUGCCGUUUGAAAUCUUUAUACGCAUGAUACGCACGAGGGAACUCUCCUGCAGAGAAAAUAAUAAGCCAUAACUUAAAUAUAAAUUGUAUCAACGUUACACACACGUUGGUAGCUCCUUGACAAAGAUACGAUAUGAAUGAGAAGAAAUAUACAGCGAUAAGUAACGUGCGAAUAAAGGCGAAUAAAGGAAAUUUCGUAAA